ACGUCCGUUUCCUCGUUCAGCAGCGGUCGACUCAAUACCGGCAUUGUUACCGUGACUUUGAAACUGAAAGCUUGUGUUUGCUUGAAUCUCAAAAAAAUGGUCUUCAAGAUCGUAAUGGUCCGUCACGGAGAAAGUGCUUGGAACAAGGAGAAUCGUUUCUGCGGCUGGUUUGACGCUGAUCUCAGUGAGAAAGGUGUUCAAGAAGCUCAUGCUGGUGGAAAGGCUUUGAAAGAUGCUGGUUACCAGUUUGAUCUUGCUCACACUUCUGUCUUGAAACGAGCUCAAAUCACUUUACAAACUGUCUUGGGAGAAAUUGGGCAAACCGACAUCCCAGUUUUUAAGACUUGGAGGCUAAAUGAACGUCACUAUGGUGGUCUCACUGGUCUAAACAAAGCUGAGACUGCUGCUAAGCAUGGUGAAGCUCAGGUUCAAAUUUGGCGUCGAAGCUUCGAUGUUCCUCCUCCCCCUCUUGAAGAGUCGAGCGAGUUUUACAAAAUAAUUAUGGAUGAUCCUCGGUACGCAAACGAGCCAAGCAAGGACGAGUUCCCAAUGUUCGAAUCUUUAAAAUUAACCAUUCAACGAACUUUGCCCUACUGGAACGACGUGAUCGUUCCUCAAAUCAAAGAGGGCAAGCGAAUUCUAAUUGCUGCUCAUGGAAACUCGCUCAGGGGCAUCGUAAAGCACUUGGACAACAUGUCCGAGGAUGCUAUCAUGGGUCUCAAUUUACCCACCGGAAUUCCGUUUGUUUACGAGCUGGACGAAGAUCUGAAACCCAUCAAAUCCAUGCAGUUUUUGGGCGACGAAGAAACCGUUCGUCAAGCAAUGGAAGCCGUUGCCAAUCAAGGAAAAGCCAAAUAAAUUCAGGAGACUCAUAAGCUCUCCACUCCUAUCACUUUGGUGUGUUCCUGAUUGUUUUUCCCUUCACCCAUUGUAUAUUGCAUUUUAACACUUUAGAAUUUCCCCUCAUUACUAAGUUUUUGUGCAAUAGAAGGUAAGCAAGCAAAAAGAAAAACAAAAAACCUCGUCUAGUCGUUGUGCUUCUGGAUCGGUGUUUUUCUGUAGUUAUUAUGAACAAAACAGAAUACAGCUUUCUAUGUGGGAA